AAGCCGGCAGCAUCAUGUAAUCAAUUACAAAGCUUGGCACAUAGUGUUGAGGACGAACUGCCGUUGGCUAUGCAUGCUAUAGAACCCGGGGUUCCGUGGGGUCGAAAACAUGGCGUCAACAAUCGGCAUUCAAAAAACAGCACCCCUCCAACUCGGCCGUUCUAAACUUUUGAUGUUGAUGCGUCGCCAAAUUCAGAAACAAACGUAACAAUAGGGAAAAAAAUAUUCAGUACAAACCACAAACAAACAAAAAUGGCACCCAGCUGGACCCGAUUGAUCCGCUUCAUCGCCGAGGAGGAUGGCCUCACGCACCUGGGCGAGGUGGUCGGUGACGCCGACGUCGGACUAGCCCACCACGCCGGGCAAAAGAUUCAAGCAAAUCUCAUAACCGGCAGCGCGUUCGACGGCGUAGUCACCACCAAGACGCUGACGGUGGCGCGUCUGCUGUGCCCUCUUGAGCGGUCCGAGGUGCCCCUCAUCCGGUGCCUGGGACUCAACUACCAUGACCACGCCAAGGAGGCUAACAUGCCGGUGCCCGAACAUCCCGUGCUGUUCAUCAAGCCGCGCACCGCCCUGGCCGGCCCUCACCCGGCCAAGAUCUCGAUCCCAAAGUUUGUCCAGGACGGGAGCAGCGACUACGAGGCAGAGCUGACUCUCGUCAUCGCAAAAGAUGGACGUGACAUCCAGGAGAGCGAAGCCAUGGACUACGUACUGGGUUACACGGUUGGUAAUGAUGUCAGCGCGAGGACGGAGCAGUUCAGGAACAGCCAGUGGUGCUUCUCCAAAGGUCUCGACAAUUCGGCCCCCAUCGGACCUGUCCUUGUUUCACCAUCAGUCAUCAAGGAUCCCCAGGAUCUAGCUAUCAAGGCCACCCUUGGAGACAUGACUGUUCAGGACUCCCACACACGGGAGAUGAUCUUCUCCGUCCCCAAGACGCUCGCUUUCUUGUCGCAGGGCACCACUCUCGAGCGCGGAACCGUAAUAAUGCUGGGCACGCCACCGGGCGUCGGAGCUAUGCGGAACCCCAAGGUUUGCCUCAAGCACGGUGAUGAUAUGCGUGUCUAUAUUGACAAGAUCGGAACUUUAAUCAACGAGGUGUACUACGAGUAAUUACAUAUAAUAGAUGCUUGAGAGUGCUAGGCCCUCUGCCAGUCCUAAUACCAAAGGACCCAAGCUAUCAAUUGACACACCAAAUCUUUUGCAAUAUUUUGCCUGUUGCACCCUAUAAACACGCAAAAUCGAUCGUACAAUUCACUGUUGUUUGCUGGGUGUGGUUCAUUCAUUACCCAACCUAGGACUAACAAGAUAACAUGUGUCUCUCUAGGUCCAACACAAGACAGCCGUCGUUCCUGCUAGGCCCCGUAUGAUGCGAGUUAAAUUGACGUGCAUUUAGCUUAUCCACGUCACUCGUAAAGCUCGUCAAACUCAUAGCAGAAGUACGAUCCCUGUAUAUCCAUCAAGUCAAAGAGAGGCGCCUCGUCCCCGAUUGCUGAAAGCUUGACUCGAUACUCCAAAGAGAUGUUCCCGCCGUUCCAAUUCCUCCAGUCAUGGGCCACAAGAGGACCUGAGAUGUCUUUGAGGCGAUUCUCAAUGUCGCGCAUCUGCCACGACCACCACAACCUGUCGACAUUGCUGUGGUGCAACCAGAAUAUUGGGUCGGCGGCUGUUCAUUGUAGCGAGCCUACUUGUUAGCCCUGCCUCGCAACAGACGCAACGCUCCCGAGAAGGUAUCACUUACGGCUUGCCCAUUUGUCCGUCAUGGCACCGUACAAACCCCCAAUCCCGUAAUGGCCGCUGGCAUGUGCCAUGGAUUCACUAGCUCUGUGGAAGCCAACAAAAGAGUCUUGAUCCAUGGUUUCCUCGACAUUACAUCUGUCUCUGAAGGUCUGGGGAGCAAAAUCUCUCCUGACACAGCGAGCCCGCUGCCGUUCGAUAUUUCUAUUCGGACCCAUGCUUGUCACCAUCCCCUGGAACGGCCCGUUGGGGAUACAGCCGCCUCCUGUCCUGUCGUCGAAAUCCUGGUGUGCAACUACAGGAACACCCCACUCCGGGUUGUCCAAGGUCCCAUCAACCCAAUCGCCGUUACCGCCGAAACCCGUGUCCGGAUCAAAGAUUGGGCUGCCCUCUAAGUCGUCAAGGUCCAGAGUCCAAUCCCAGUAGGGCUGCGAGCCCGCGUAGCCGCACUCCCGGCGGAGGGUCUGCUCAAAUGAUGAUACGAGAAGGCGGUGAAACGGAUAGAAGACUCCGACAAAGUGCGUCUCGUCGGCCUGAACUAUGUGCGUCCCCACGAAAUCGUCAUAUCGGCUGAUGGCGGCAGGGAUGGAAGACCGAGGGGGCUUCUCCAUCAGGCAGUGCACGGCCUCGAUAUAGUCUUGCUGCUCGCCCGAGGAAAGCGUCCGCCACUCCCGCCGGACGAUUGGGCUGGAGCAUUUGCCAAAGCCCUGGGCGGUUGCGAGAAAAUGAAGAAGUGAAAUGGGUAUGAGGAAAAUCAGAUGCAUUUCGAGAUAUUUAAUUGUAUCGUCGCCAGAUGUGAUGGCGAACAUACGCAAACGAUCAAGCAGGAAAAGACAAAGAAUAGCGCCCAGAAACUGACUUCAUGGAGUCUCCGCUCCAUUUGUACCAUUUCAUUCUUUUUCCUGGCCAAAUUGGCAGACGCAUACCGACCCAAAGGGGGAAAGAAGAAAUUCAGUUCAAGGUUCGACUACGGCGUUCGUUAGCUGGUAUUCAAGCACCGAGAGCGAUUUCACAUU